CCUCCGACAAGUAUGUCGUCUUCUACCGACAAAAGAUCCGUCUCAACUCUGAAGCCUUCCCCGAGACAAAAGGACUUCGACUUUCUCCUCUGCUUGUUAUCGGGUCAUCCUCUUCGUCUUCCUCCUCUGUGUUUUUCAUCGGACGACCUUCAACAAUGGCGGGUGAUCAGGUGAGCAACAAGCAGGUCAUCCUCAGGGACUUCGUGGAGGGCUUCCCCAAGGAGUCUGACAUGUACAUUGCGACGGGCACGGUGAGGCUGGAUGUCCCGGAAGGUUCCACCGCCGUGCUGGUGAAGAAUCUCUACCUGUCCUGCGACCCCUACAUGCGGAACCGCAUGUCGAACCUCGUCGGUAGCUACAUCGAGAGCUUCAAGCCCGGCUCUCCGAUAUCCGGAUACGGGGUGUGCAAAGUUAUUGAUUCGGGGCACCCAAAAUUCAAGAAGGGAGACUUGGUCUGGGGGAUGACCGGAUGGGAAGAAUACUCGCUCAUCACUGCUCCAGAGACUUUGUUCAAGAUCGAGCACACGGAUGUGCCCCUCUCCUACUACACUGGUCUCCUCGGAAUGGCCGGGAUGACUGCAUAUGCCGGGUUUUUCAAGGUGUGUUUUCCAAAGAAGGGAGAGACCGUCUUCAUUUCUGCAGCAUCAGGGGCAGUUGGUCAACUUGUUGGCCAGUUUGCAAAGUUGACCGGAUGCUAUGUCAUUGGAAGCGCCGGAAGCAAAGAGAAGGUUGACCUGCUGAAGAACAAGUUCAAGUUUGAUGAUGCUUUCAACUAUAAGGAAGAGCCCGACCUGAAUGCAGCCCUCAAAAGAUACUUCCCAGAUGGGAUCGAUAUCUACUUCGAGAAUGUGGGGGGGAAGAUGCUCGAUGCAGUGCUGCUCAACAUGAAGGUACAUGGGCGAAUCGCAGCGUGUGGGAUGAUCUCACAGUACAACCUCAAGCAGCAUGAGGCGGUCCACAACCUCAUCCAGAUUGUCGUGAAACAGAUCCGAAUGGAGGGUUUCAUAGUCUUCGGGUACUAUUCGCAGUACCCGGAGUACCUCGAGAUGGUAUUGCCUCAAAUCAGAGAAGGGAAGAUAGCAUACGUUGAAGACAUAUCUGAGGGCCUCGAGAGCGGCCCGGCAGCACUAAUUGGGCUCUUCUCAGGCAAAAAUAUCGGGAAGCAAGUGGUUGCAGUUGCUCGUGAAUAAGCGAGAACCCGACCUAAUAAUAUUUCUGCUCCCACGAACCACAGAGAGAGAGGGAUGCUUUCAUUUCUCUAGUUGUUACUGCAAAUAAGCGUCCUCUGUUCUAGUAUGGGCACUGCCGACUUUGCCACUUUUAUUUACCAAUAAAAGAUUUCUUUUGUCUUUUUGGUUGCC